UGGUAACAACGAUGACAAUAAAAAUCAUUGACAAAGAUAUCAUAGCUCAAAGUAUUACUGUAUUUUCUGGAAAAAUGGAUAGAUAAUAAUGUCAGUGCUGAGCUUGGUUCCUGAUGAGAAAAAGAGUCUUAAAAAUUCCCUCACAAGCGUGUACAGCAGCAAUUCUCGUCUGAAUUUGCUGAACAAGCGCAAACGAAUGAGCUCGAUGACCAUAGACAUGUCUGCGAUGGGUAAAGGAGACAGGUUCGUGACGCAACGAGUCCUGUCAGCCAAGACUCACCGUGUCAAGCAGCUGCAGAACCAAUUAGCCGAUGCGCAUUAUCACUUGCAGGAGCUGAGCAACGAAAAUAAGAUUCUACGUGCUGUACAGAAAAAACAUGAAAUAGCUUUGCAAAGGUAUGAGAAUUCAAACGCUGAACUUCCCCAAGUUCUGAGCUCGCACACUGAGGAGUUGAGAAUUCAGCAAACAAAGUACAAACAGCUGAAGCAGCAGUUCAAGGAGGUGUCACAGAAGCUAAAGGAGCGAGAUUUGCAAUACCAGCAGUUGAAGGACGAACACCAACAUUUGUUAGACCUGAGCAGAGAUAAGAAUCUCCUUGAAAGAGAGAAGCUUCAGGUUGUUAACAACGAUUUGACAGUUAAAGUUCAACAGCAGAAUGAAACAAUCAGCAUGUUGCAACGACGGAUUGCGCUUGAAGCGAAGAAUUUCAAACAUCAGUUGCAAGCCGAGAUCAACAAGCACAAAGAUACGCGACACGAUCUGGAUUUGGCUAUCACUAACGCCGACAAACUAUCUACUAUUAUUGAGAUGAAGGAAAAAAUGCUUAGCACUGCGGCAAUAAGAGGGCCAAAUAGUGGUUAUGCUAGCAGCGGUCCAAAAUCUCCAACAAAAUCUAAUUCACUGGCGAACUUUUCGAGAUCUAUCAACAAAUCCUCAAAAGAGUUAAAUGCCAGACUAAAUGAUGAAAAAAUAAUUGCUGACCACAGUGCUCUUGCCAAGUUAUGUGAAGAUUCGCGUAACCUCAGCAGUGCUCUAUCUCAAGAAGACACAAGUUUUUCUAUUGAGCCUCGAUCACGGCUUAUAUCUAGCAGAACAAAUUCUACAAGUACCAGAUCUACACCAAAUCCGAAUAGAAAACAAUCUAAAGGAUCCGAUGAUAUAUUAGAACUUGCUAAAACAGUUCAAGAUGGUAUGGCUGAUUUGACAAUAGAUGAUGACAUUCGGGUUCAUGAAUCAGCGGAAGAAAUGCAAAAGAGAAUGGAAAGUAUGAAAAAUGAUCUAAUGAAGAAAAUAAGGAAUAAUGAAGUACCAUUGUCAAGGAAGUCUAGCGCUAUAAGACGACCAUCCACUGAAGAACCAAUAGAGGAGCAAACCUUUGAUGAAAUUGAAAGACCUAAAUCCAGAGGUAGAAGAAAUUCUUCGGUGUCGUUCUACGAUUCCGUUGAUACUUUAGAAGUUUCGUCAUCAGUAAAUCAUCGUGGUACAGGAGAUGAGGUGGAGAAGAUUAAAAUUAAAAGAGAAAACAGCAUUAUUUCAGAAAGAAAAUUAUCUGGUAAAUCCGUAGACAAGUAUUGCAAAGACAUAUUUCAGGACAUAGAAAAAAGUUCCAAAGUAAUCGACGUGCACAUGAAACAAUUAAGUAAAUCUCAAUUCACUGGAGAUAAACUAGUCGAGCAAUUGCAUGCAGUUGAUAAAAUAAAUGAGAUUGUUAACGCACGAGGUGAUAUACCAACUGAAGCUUUGACAGAGUUAAACAAUAACUUCAAAGCCAUAUCAGAGCAGGUUUUUACUGAAGCUUUGCCCGCUACACGCAAGCGUUCUGUCUCCGGGAGAAAAAAUUCACGAAUUGAGAGUAGGUGCAACCUACUCGGAGAUUCUAACAUGACUAAUCAAGAUUUGUUAGAAGAUUUGCUUGGUAAAAAAUAACGCCCCGGCCAUUCUACCGGUCUUCUUGACUACAAGUAAUCAUGUUAUUAAUAAAUUUUGACGCAUGACAAUAUUAAUGUAAAUGAAGAAGUUACGACCUUUAAAGUUAAUCAAAAGUCUAUACUUAACUUUCAAGUGCAAAUUCAAACAUGAACCGCGUUGGGUUAGACUUCCUCGGUUAAACGAUUUUUAAAUGCCCUCUUUGUUUAUUAAAUAUAUUUACAUUCGAUCGUGUGAGUGUGAAGGUUUUCUGAUGUGUUUAUCUGAGAUGCUAUUUAUUGUUAUUAAAAGUAUUUUACGAUCAGUGAACGAGAUUAUAUAUUUUUAGAAGUUA